AAGAAAUGUGAUUAGGCAAAGUGUCAAAAGCAUGCUGGCGGUCGUAUGUUUUUGUGUGUUAUUUUCACACUAGAAUGUGGUUAAUUAAAAUAAAACAAACUUAUUUUUCUAAAAGAUCUCAUAAAAACCAUCGACAGCAAAACGGGUUACGAAACAAAUGCCGAAGUCAACUGAAGCAGUGGGAGAGAGCGUAUGCAAGCGAUUAUAAUCAAGUUUUAAUAUUACUAAAGCUAUAAAAAGUACAAAAAAAACAAAAAAACGAAAAGAAGAUAGGGGUCAAGUUGCAUUUUAACUAAAUCUUGCCAUUCUAUGAGAGUUCUAAUACCCGCCUCAACAAGUCAACAUGUCAGUGCUACGUAAUAUACAAUAUAUCCAAAAAGGUGUAAGAUUUCAAACAGUUAUCUACACGGCACAACAAAUGUGCUUGGAUGAAAGGAUGUGCAUUUUAAAUAUCAAAAAAUUGCAUACUAGUGUUAGUGGUUGCAGCUAUUUCACGAAAGCGCCUUCACAACUCUUUGUCAAUACUCAACGUAACCGUAACAUAUAUUUUAAAAUAGAUAACCAAAUUUCAAGAAGUUCUCUAAACGCGACCACAAAGAGAUAUGCAAGUAAUAAAGACAAGAGCCAGUUGCCCAAGGCAUCCGCCGCACAGGGGAUCUCCUCCACCUAUGCGCCUGAUAGUAAUGUUAGUAAAUCAAACGAGUUGAAGAAAAGCAUAAAGGAAGCUCUCUCACCAUAUUGCCGUUUAAUGCGUUUGGAUCGGCCAAUAGGAACAUACUUGUUAUUUUGGCCCUGUGCGUGGAGUAUAGCGCUCAGUGCGAAUGCCGGUUGUUGGCCUGAUUGGAAAAUGUUAGGCCUUUUUGCCACUGGAGCGCUGAUAAUGCGCGGUGCCGGCUGUACCAUCAAUGAUCUGUGGGACAAAGAUAUUGAUGCAAAAGUGGAACGUACGCGCACUCGCCCAUUAGCUUCUGGUGAAGUAACACAAUUUGAUGCUAUUGUAUUUCUAUCAGCUCAACUGAGUUUGGGACUGUUAGUAUUACUUCAACUAAACUGGCAAUCAAUAGUAUUAGGAGCAAGUUCAUUGGGAUUAGUCAUAACAUAUCCAUUAAUGAAACGAGUAACGUACUGGCCUCAACUAGUGCUUGGCAUGGCCUUCAAUUGGGGCGCUCUUUUAGGUUGGUGUGCGACUCAAGGCGUUGUUAACUGGGAAGCUUGUUUACCAUUGUACCUAUCCGGUAUUUGUUGGACAAUUGUAUAUGAUACUAUAUACGCACAUCAAGACAAAUUCGACGAUAUUCAAAUUGGCGUGAAAUCAACUGCUUUACGAUUUGGAGAGAACACUAAAAUAUGGCUAUCUGGAUUUACAGCAGCUAUGCUCUCAGGACUAUCACUUGCUGGUGUAGCUACCGAACAAACAGUUGCAUACUAUGCUGCAGUCGGUGUGGUGGGCGCUCACUUAAUACAACAGAUAUAUUCGCUAAACAUUGAUAAUCCAACAGACUGUGCCAAGAAGUUCUUCUCGAACCACCAAGUAGGUUUAAUUUUAUUCCUUGGUAUUGUUUUGGGCACUCUUUUAAAACCGAAAGAGAAAACGGAUAAUGUACCUAUAUCGAGUACCAACAAUGCGUUCCCACAAAUACAACCUGCAAAUAGCCUCGUGAAUAUACCCGCUAAACCGGAGGUGUUAACGUAAAAGCUCGUUCAGCGAUCUUUAGAUUUAAAAAUAGCAAGCCCAUUGAUAAGAACAACUGUAAUAAGAUAUUCGGUAAACCAAAGGAUAAUGUAAUUUAAUUUAGAUAAAAAUAUAUACAUAUGUAUAUGCUUAAUAAAUACAGAGUAUUAACAUUGGGACUACAAAUUGAUUUAAAUAAAACAAUUUAAAACAAAAAACGUUAA